AUGCAGCUCACCCACGUUCUCCCCGCUGUCGUUUUCGCGACCUAUGCCUCAGCCGCUGCCGCUCCUCGCGCCUUGAACCAACUCUUCGCCCGCCAAAUCCCAGAGAUCGACUUUACGGACUUGGGCUCCUCUGUCCCUGCCUCCUGCAGAUCCGACUGCUCAGCUGCGGUCCGUGCACUUAACGGCUGCCAGGAGAUGACGGGCAACGACGCGCUCUCCUGCAUCUGCAGCACCAGGGUGUUCGACUCGUUGCUCCAAUGCUAUCCCUGCAUUAUUGAGGAAACCACCGCGCUGAGCGACGACUAUGCGGAGGCGGCGAUGGAGGGUUUCACUGAGGGUCUUGCUGAAGGCUGCGUUGAAAUGGGAUUCCCUGUGCCCGGGUACGAGGUCCCGGGAGGGUCCCCUGCCCGCCCAGUCGAUGAUGACGACGAGGACUUCUUCGACGACGAGGAAGACGAAACCCCCGCACCCCCGCCGACUCGUACCCGCGCCCCCGCCGGAGAAACCACUCCUACCCGAGUUUCCAGGCCCCCUCCUGUCGAUGACGACGAUGACUCUGAUCGUCCCCAGGAUAUCCUCACUGGAGCUGGUGUCAAGGGUACUUUCAACUUGGGUGUUGCUGCAGUUGCGGCCGCUGGUGCUCUCUUCUUGUUCUAA